GGGGGCGGCGGCAGCAUGAGCUUAGCCUUGAGGAAUGAACUUUCAGUAGACAAAACUAAAAAGAAGAAAAGAAGAGAACUCACCGAGGAACAGAAGCAAGAAAUUAAAGAUGCCUUUGAGUUGUUUGAUACGGACAAAGAUAAAGCAAUAAAUUACCAUGAACUAAAGGUGGCAAUGAGAGCCUUGGGUUUUGAUGUGAAAAAAACGGAUGUACUGAAAAUACUUAAAGAUUAUGACCGAGAAGCGACAGGCAAGAUCACUUUUGAAGAUUUCAAUGAAGUUGUGACAGACUGGAUAUUGGAUAGAGACCCACAAGAAGAAAUACUCAAGGCAUUCAAGUUAUUUGAUGAUGAUGACUCUGGCAAAAUAAGUCUGAGAAACCUGCGCCGGGUUGCUAGAGAAUUGGGUGAAAAUAUGUCUGAUGAAGAACUACGGGCUAUGAUCGAAGAAUUUGAUAAGGAUGGAGAUGGAGAAAGUAUGUAUAAGCAUUGUAUUCUUGUGGUUUAUGGAUGUUUGCUGUUUGUCUCAUGGUUUCUCUCUUUUUUUUCUACAGUCAAUCAAGAAGAGUUUAUUGCAAUUAUGACUGGAGAUAUUUAGCAUUAGAAGACAAGAAAUGAACUCAGCACAAAAUGGAGGAAUCAUUGACAGCUUCCAUUGCAAUGUUUUGUACUUCCAUUCAUUUCUGUAGCUGGAGUGAUGCAGAGAAUUACUUUCCCUAGAGGACCAAAAUGCAGACAGGUUAUAUGCACUGAUAGUCAGUACUUUGUAUCAUUAAAUAUUAUCACUAGAAUAAUUGCUAGAUGGUAUUAGAACAAGUAAGUAAGGCUGCAUUUCAGAAUGUUUGAGUACUCAUUUGUAAAAUAGCUUUGUAUAAGAUUUAUAAACUGUAUCAUACUGUAAGAACCUUUUGAGGUCAGCUUUGUGUUAGCAUUAGCUGUGGCCUUAGUUUUGAUA